CUCCUCCUCCUCCUCCUCCUCCCCCCUCUCCUCUCAAGUACCACAUCGGGUCAAGCCAGCUUUGGUUCAAGCUUGCUUGCCCCGCGUGUCCCAGGGCUGUACCACCCACGGGUGUGCUUACUUGAGCGCUUUCGUGGACAAUAGCUUCGCGGAGGUGAACGCUGGGAUUAUGGCUCGGCGCGGUCACGAGUUGGAGGGGGCGACUUGUGGUUGAUCUGCUCCGGAAAUCCGUUACCGAUAUCUGCCAUGUUCGUGCUCGUGCCGGCUCCGUCGAGGCGGUGUGCAUUUUCGGGGCUUCUUUUUGAGUUCGUCCUGGAAGUGUUGCCCACGCUAUUUAUUCACAGCGCUGUUAUUCUUUUACGUGCCAGUGGCCUUUCCCCUUUUUUGGGGGCGUACGGCACGUCAUUGCAGUGGUGGGAUUGUGGGUUCGCCGCAUUUGUUAGCAGCAUCGUUCCUUUAUCUGGGUUCCUGGCGGCGUCCUCGUGUGGCUGAGCCUGGCCCACUCCCGUAUGGGCAAGUAAGGCAGACGCUUUUUCUUAUGUAUACGGUUGGGCUUUGCUGUAACAUGUUCAUUCAUCGUUACAAUUCUGAGAUGACAAUUUUUCUCAUCUUGCAAUUGUGAGGUGCUCUGUAUUCAUUGUUACCACUUCCAAUGGAUAUUUACAGUGUGCUGGCGUAUUGCGUGUUGGUGGAGUGACGCCCAUGACCUACGGAUGCUCAUCGGCACUGUCUUUGGGCCGUCUGCACUGGGCGGGGCGUGGGGCUGUGGCGUAUUUUUUUGCUGUGGCCAAGCGGAUCGUCAUCUUUGUGCGGGUCCACUGGCGGUGUACGGCGUCAUGCACGCCGUGGGGCUUUCAUCGACAUUGUGUUAUGCACGGAGUGGUCAUCGCUAUACCUUCGCUCGAGUAUGGCGUUGACGAGAGCGUGGUGCAGUUUAUUUACCUCGCGGUGUUCUUCCUCAUCUUCGUGGUGAUCGUGCUGGCCACGCCCGACGCGGAGAUGUCGCGGAAGAGCUUCGGGCCGGAUAUUUUCGGGUACGGGGCCGCCGUCGACGCAUGCGGCAACGCCGCGCGUUGGGACAAGGCGCUUGGUAUCUUGGGCUCGAUGCGAGACAGGUCGGUGGCCGCCGACGCCGCCCUCUACAACGCCGCGCUCGGCGCGUGCAGCCGGGCCCAGAAGGGCGGCCUGGCGCUCCGCCUCCUGGAAGACAUGUCCCUGAGCGCCGUGCCGCCGGACGCCGUCAGCUUCGGCUCCGCCAUCGGCGCGCUGCGGCGCUCUCGGGAGUGGGCCACGGCGCUGCACCUGGUGGAGGUGAUGCGGUUGUGCGGCGUGCGGCCAGACGGGAGAGACCACACGGUCCAGCCAGAAGUGAUCUCCAACAAGGAGCGCAAGAAGCGCGAGAAGGACGAGUCUCUUGGCGGCAAUGCCAGCCUCUCCCUCCUGGUCCGCUCCGUCACGGCCGCCCUACAGCGCGGCACUGCCAUUUUGGCCCUCUUCCUACUCAUCCCGCUCAUAUCCAUGGCUAAGCCAUGCUCCCAGGUGGCCGUUCCUGAGGUGAACGACUCCCCGUCGACAGUGCGCGAGCAGAUCUUAAUGCGGACCCACAUUGCGUUCCACAACCUCACCGCCGAUGUGUCGGCGUUGCGAGAUUCGGCUGAUCUGGUGCAGACGUAUGGGGCUACAGUUUCUGUGACAUCCGACUUGAAGGAUCAGGGUGCCGCCACGCGCUUCCUCGCGGAGUUUGCGCGCGGGGCAUCGCAGGCCCUGGUGGUGUGGUCGGCGACUUCGGCCGCGCCGCCCGCCUGCCCUCCCUGCGCCUGCGAGUGCGCUCCCAGCUACCGUCUCUCGUGCCCCGACGUCGCAGGGGCCACCAUCGUGCAUCUGGUCAGUUCCUGGUGCAGUCACGUGGUUACCUUCUUGCUGGGAGUGCUGAUCGGCUCGUUCGUGCUGCCCGUUCCCCUGAGCUGCGAGUGGCUGGUCGGGGGCCUAUCCAGAGGCCGCCGCGGCACAGCGUCUACAACCGAGAGCUCGCCAUCUGCCGCCUCGGCCGAAGAGAUCCAGGCCAUUGCAGCGCGGCAAGCUCGAGCAGCGAUCCAGCAUAGGAUCACGCUGUUCGAAGCUCCCCCUUCGCAGGCGGUCAUCGUGACAGUCGACGGGGACGUGUACUUGGAGACGGUGGUGGUCAACGCCGACUGCGAGGAGGCGAGGCCGCUGCGCGGGCUCGGUGCUCCUUUGUACGGCGUGGCGGAGGCCAACGUAUACCGCUUCCGAGGUGCGCCUUCGGCGGCGGAGCUGUGGGGCCACCUGCGCGACGGCGCGCCGCUGCUGGGCGCCGCACUGCCGCCUUCGCCUUUCGCUCUGGCUGGAGGCGCUGGGGCGGGCGCUGCCUGGGUGCCCCAGGCGCUGGUUCUGGAUGACCCCGUCGGCGCAGCCGACUUGACUGCCACGCCGCGGGGCGACUGGCCGAUCACAGGGCCCAGGACUACUCAGCGGUGCCUUGACCACGCAGGUGGCCCGCUCGCGUGGCACUCGAAGUGGAAGGCAGAGGCUCGGCUGCGGGACUCAGACGCUAUCUGCCAGCAGCAUGCGUUGAACUGCAGGCUGCUGGAGACGGCCACCUGUUACGACCAGCCCAUCACUGCGGAAUUGGCGGCGUUCGAGCUGGUGUGCCGCCAGGCCCAGCUCAUCGAGGAGCGCCACUAUGAGAAUACCGUGUCGGCGCAGGUGGCCGCCGAGGACAGGAAAGAUAAGAAGAAGGGCUUCGGGGCGAGCGAGAGUUUGUUUGCGUCCGAGGCCAAGCGCGCGUCGGAGGCCAAGCACGACAUGGGCGCGGCGGCGAGCAAAGGGAACCUUUGCAUCUCGCCAGCGCUCGCAGAGUUCAUUGCGGAGCAGCUGAAGGCAGAGGCUGCUGUGGCCAAGGGGAGGCGCAAAGCCCGCGAGGAGCGGGCGGCGCGCGCAUAG